AUGGCCGAAUCCGUCGCACUUAUGACCUCUAUCGCCGACUCGGCAAUCACUUCGAAGAUACAGGCCGUGUCUCUUGAACCGGAGCUUCCGGUCAGACCCGGAGAUGUCACUGCUGACUGGCUCUCACGCGUCCUGGCCCGCAAGGUCAAGACCGCGACGAUUGACAGGAUCAUGCCGGGCACAGCCACCAAGGUCUUUGUGACUGUCAUGUUCGAUGAAGCUGGCGCAGGUCCUGUUAAGUUAUGCGUCAAGGGAGGGUUUAACCCCGACCUUAUCCAGAUGAUGCCCUUCGUUGUCAUGAUCUACCAGCGUGAGGUUGAUUUCUACAACAAUGUUGCCCCGCUGCUCGAGCACAUGGACCUUCCAAAGUCCUGGUGGGCAGAGCACAGUUCCGAACAGGGAAUCAUCAUCAUGGAGGAUCUGGAGGCUGCUGGUCACUCUUUCGGAAGUCCCUCCAAGUCUUGGUCAAUGCCCAGUGUGCUCACAGGCAUUGAACAGUUGGCAGCACUGCACGCCAGGACCUGGGGUGUCAGAAAUGCUGACUAUCCAUGGCUGACGUCUGAUUAUGACCAGGCGCUUCUCCACCUCAUGCAGACUUACGAGCAGGUGGUCCAUUCUCCAGGUCGGCCGACCAUCCCUGAGUAUAUGAAGGACCAGGAUCGAAUGACGGCCGUUCUCAAGAAGCAUUACGCCUCCCGCAACCCCAAGUUUAACUGCCUUUUGCAUGGAGAUAGCCAUGUCUCCAACACGUAUCUCGUCAACGGAAAAACGCGGUUCCUUGACUGGCAGAUGAUCCACAUCGGCUCCGCGUUUCAUGAUGUGGCUUAUUUUAUUGGCGGCGCGCUUGAUAUCCAGACGCGUCGGCGCCGUGAGUUUGAUAUUCUCGAAUAUUAUCUUCGUACCCUAGAGAAGCUGGGAGGACCGGUUCUCUACCUGAAAGAUGAAGAUGUCAUGUUAGAGUAUAAGAAGUCCUUCUUGGCUGGGGUCGGACCGAUGAUGUGUCCGUAUGAGAUGCAGCCCAGGGAGUGGGUAUUUCCCAUGGCGGAGAGAUAUGCUGCUGCCCUGCAUGAUCACAAUGUCUUGCAGCUUGUCGAAGCACUCCCAUAA